UUCACUAUUUUCGGUCUUGGAGGCGCGAAAACUAUAUUAAUUUGUAUAUAUCACGUGCAGAUUAUACUAUUGUUAUUAUUUCAUUCAUGGCAGGAAUCAAAUCGUUAGCUAUUCGAGGUGUACGAAGUUUUGGGCCCGACGAUGCCGAUGAACAACGAAUAUCAUUUGAUAAACCGUUGACUCUUAUCCUUGGACAAAAUGGUUGUGGUAAAACUACAAUCAUUGAAAGUAUUCGAUAUGCCAUCACGGGACAGAUGCCACCAGGCAGUCGAAACGAAUGUUUUGUCCAUGACACGAAAAUUAACAGAACAACUGAAGUUCAGGGUCAAGUUAAACUUAAGAUAGUAAAUGCCAAUGAUAAACAACUAGAAGUGUCAAGAUCUAUGAGAGUAACAUGCAUGGCUAAAAAGAAACCAGUGUUCAAAACAUUGGACUCAUUUCUCUCCAUCAUUGAUGAACAGGGGCGAGUUAAAGAUAUAUCUUCCAGAUGUGCUGACUUGGAUUCUGUUAUGCAUCAAGAACUUGGUGUCUCUAAAGCAAUUCUAAAUUCCGUAAUAUUCUGCCACCAAGAAGAGGCCAGCUGGCCAUUGGAUGAGGGUAAGAAGGUCAAGGAGAGAUUUGAUGAAAUCUUUGAUGCGGACAAAUAUAGCGUCUGCUUUGAUCGGCUGAGAAAGAUCAGAAAGGAGUAUGCCACAUCUAUUAAGUUACUAGAGCAAAGUGUAGCCCAUCUAACUGAACAAAAGGAGGAACUGGAUAAGAAAAAAUUAAAUGUUGUGAAUGAUGAGAGUCGAAUCUCUGAUGCUGAACUAAAAGUGUCUAAAAUCACUCAAGAGCUUAACCCAAUCACGGAAAAACUGAAGGCAAUAGAGAUGCUACAGAAGAAUUUAGUAGCUUUUGAAUCCAAGAGAGAAAAAAUUAAAGCAAGGCUAGAACAUUGCCAAACACAAGAAAAAGAGCUGAAGAAAGAUAUCAAGAAUAUUUUCGAAGGAUCAAUCACAGAGCUACAGGAAAAUAUGGACAAUUAUGGCACCACAAUCAAAGCAAAGGAAACUGAACUUAUUGAGUCCAACAAAAAGAUCUUCUCAUUCAAUAAGGAUGAGGAGAAAGUUACCAAUGAGCAAAUGGCGAAUGAGGUAAAGUUUAACAAGCUGAUGUUACUGGAAAGCCAGAAUCAAGAUCGGACCGAUAAAAAGAACAAUAUGAUUGUGGAAACAGCUAAACUGGCUGAAAUUGAUAUGCAACCGAUAGAGUCAAACGAGGAAGCAGAUGCAGCAAUCAACACAGUAACAGACAGGAUCAAGUCUCUGCAGAAAGAUCUCGAGGAGUUGAAAUCCAUGGCUGAUGCGGAAGAGAAUAAGCUUCAGUCACUAGUCAAUGCCAGUAUAGAUGCCCUUUCGCGGCAUGAACAAAAAAUAUCAAACAAAGAAUCAGAAAUCAAGACUGUAAGGAACAAUAUUGUCAAGAUCGAAAGAGAGAUUAUUGACGCCAAUGAAUCAAAAUUACGAUUGGAAACGCUGGAUAAGAAAGUCAAAACUGCAGAAGAAGAAUAUGAAGCUACAGUAAAAGAGUUGAACACAGAAGAAUGUCAAAGAGAAAUUAAUGAUGACGAAAAAGUGAUAGAGCAACAUGAACAUGAAUUAGAACAACUCAAUGAAAAGGUAACAAAGCUUCAAAAACAGAGUGCCAAAUUAAAAGAACGGGAUAUAAUCGAAGAGUCUUUGAAGCAAAAAGAAAAACAGCUAAUGCUGUUAAAGAAUAAGCACAGAACUGCUAUUACUGAAUUGUUGGGCCGAAUGCCGGAGAACGGUUUCACUAUGGCCAUACAGAAGUUUGAUUUGGAAAUAUCAGCGGAGGUGGAAUCUAUGAAAAAGAAGUUAAAGGAAAAACAUAUUGAGGUGACUAGUCAAGAAGCCGAACGUAAGCACGUUCGAGAGAUGCUGAACGACCGCCGCAGCGAGUUGACGAAGGCUGAAGACCAGAUGUACAAGGCUUGCGGUACACAGUCCUAUGAGACAACACUUACUAAAUUAAAUAGUACUGUGGAGAAGUUGCAGGAAGAACAAAAUUUAGCACAGUCAACAAUAUACAUCAACACCAAAUACAAAGCACAGCUGAAAGAUAACAACUGUUGUCCUUUGUGUAGCCGUGGAUUCGAUACUGAAACUGAAGUGACAGACUUAAUAUCCCAACUGACAACUCAAGUAAUGAAUGUACCGGCCAAAUUAGAAAAAAUCACUGAAGAAUUGCAAAGGGCCUCUGCCAAGAAAGAUGAACUGCUUGCUAUGAGAUCCUUGAAUGAAAAAAUACAGUCGUUAAAGGAGAAGGAAAUACCACAAUUGGAGAAAAGACUGAGUGAUGUAGACAAGAAUAUUUCUACCAUAUCGGAGUCCGUGGAAGAAAUCUCGAUGUCCCUAAUGGAACCGGAGCAGAAGCUGCAGACAGCCAAGCAGGUCGCAGGCCACAUGCCACUGAUGGAUCAGAUGAUUACUGAAGUCAAAAGUAUCACUAAAAAUUUAGAAGCAAUAAAGGCCCAAUGCAUCGGCCUUGACUCCGAUCUCACGCUAGACGAAGCGACAGCGAAACAAACUGACUUGAGACAAAAGAUCAGCACGCUUCGGACCCGAGUGAAAAGUGCUCAGAUGAAACUUAACGCGCACGCCAAGAAACUCCAGGCUAAGGCUGAAGCUAAAAAUAAGUUGAAGGAGGAAUAUCUUAAUAUACAGAAAAAGGUGCAAGAGUUACAUAAUCUGCAAGAAACUCUUAAACAAUAUAAAGAAAACAUCGAAAAAUACGCUCUAGAACUGAGGCAGCUACAAGAUGCUACUGGAGCGCUGAAAGCAGAAAAGAAAGAGAGAGAAGAUGCCAAGACUGAAACAGUGAAGAAGAAUAGAACCGCAAUCGACACAAAGCGAACCUUCAUCACCAAAAUCUUAAACUCGUUCGACAAAGUGAAGACAGUCAUAAACGAAAUAAAACAACACGAAGAGAAGAACAUCCAGCGAGAAAUGGAUAAGAUAAAAGAAGCGAAUGAGCGGUUGAUGGAACAGCAUAAGCAGAUCGUGGUGGAAAGAGACAGGGUUACUAAGAGAAUUGACUCAUUGAGGGACGAAUUGGCUAAACAGGAGAGUUACAAACGUAAUUUAGAAGAUAAUCUCAAACUAAGGAAAGCCCAAACGGAAAUAACUAGCUGUGAUAAAGAAUUAGCUGAAAUCUCUGAGAAGAUGAGCGGAGUUAAUAUGGAUAUGAUCUCGGAAAAGGGACCUUUAAUCAAUAAACAUACGCAGCUGUUGAGAGAAAAAGCUCAAACAGAGGGAGAGUUGAAAGAAAUUAAGAAAAGACUGCAACAAAAUAGACUAGAACUAAAGAAAGCUCUGAAUAAGGACGUAGAAAAGAAAUAUAGGGAAAAGUUCUACGAGAUGAAAGUGACACAGGCAUUAGACAAAGACAUUAAAGAGUAUUCUGCGGCUUUAGAAAAGUGUCUCAUGGAGUUCCAUAGAGAAAAGAUGGAGAACAUCAAUCUCAUUAUAAGGGAAAUGUGGAGGAAGAUAUACAGGGGAAACGAUAUUGACUACAUAGAGAUAAAGACUGAAUCAAGCAUGUCAGCAGACAUGGAAAGGCGGAAAUAUGAUUAUAGAGUUGUACAAAGUAAGAAUAACGUUGAAAUCGAUAUGAGGGGGCGAUGCAGUGCCGGACAAAAGGUGUUAGCCUGCCUCAUCAUAAGGUUGGCUCUCGCAGAAACGUUUAGUUCCAGAUUCGGUAUCCUAGCUUUAGACGAGCCAACAACAAACCUAGACGCAGAGAACGUGCGGAGCCUCUGCGCCGCGCUCGGCGAGAUAGUCCAAGAGCGCAUGCGCCAAAAGAACUUCAUGUUCAUCAUCAUUACGCACGACAAGGAGUUCAUCGAGUCCCUCGGCAACGUCGACAAGGUCACGCAUUACUACGAGGUCUCUAGGAACGAUGAGGGGAAAUCUAGGCUCAAGAAAAUUAGGUUCACUUGAGUAGGUCAAGCGUUCAAAAGGUAGAGGGAAAUGCGAGGAACUAAACUAAUGGGCUAGUUUUAUUAUUAUAAUUAGCAUAUCUAAAGUACCACCCCCCUACCCCUACCCCCUAAGGGGGAAUAUGGGGGUUUUGAAGGUCCCUUUUGGGUUUUUGCUUAUAUGAUUUAUAUCUCGAAAACUGUGCAUCUUAGUGACAUGACAUGAUGAUUAUUGAUUAUUAAACAAAGGGAAUUAAAUUUUAACUAUGCAAAGGAAUAAUCUAAAGAAAGUUAUGAAGCCAAAAGUUUUCUUCCUAGCAUUUCCUGCUAUGUCUAGCGAUCAUUAAUUUCCUGACCUAUGUAGCUUUACCAUUCCAUUUGUUAAAAAACGUACCUUUAUAACGCCAUGUAGUGAGCGUUAUUAAUAGCGUAACUGCCACAAGGUACAGUGAGCUACGAAUUUAUGAAGCAUGUAUUUGAUAAAUUCACCAUGCUCUUUUGCAGCUCAUUGUACCUUCACCGCGGGAGGUUAUAUUUAUUGUUGAAGGCAGUGCCUUGGCAUUUAUUUAAUCUUGAUAAGCAGGGAGCGUACUUUUCAUGCCGAUGACAUUAAUCUGACGUCACGCUCCGUAUAGGGUGAUCCCAAAUAGUUUUAUUGUAAAUUAUUAAUCAUUAGUCGUCAAUCAUUUUAAUAGUGUA